AUGGUCGUCAGUAUUUUCCCGGUUGGUAAUUUCGACCAUUACACUUUUGUGCCUCGUUACAGAGACUUCGUUCUUUUGAUUCGUUGCAAUCAUCCUCCGCGCAGUGAUGAUAUAUUGCGUCCAUUCUGUGCCGGUUCUGUCGGUCUGGACACGCUACGAGAUAUUGUGGAAUCACUGGCUCGCCCAUUGGACUUUGAUGAAAGACAUGACGAGUUUCUCCCAUUGUUUCAUUCGUCCGUGACCAGUCUGAGCAGUUUGCGACGCGGAAUGCGUGUGACCGGUCGGGUUGAGAAUGUGACCUCGUUCGGUGCAUUUUGUGAUAUCGGAGUGCAGCAGCAUGCUUAUAUCCCUCGUUCGGCCUAUCCACGCAAUUCAGUCGACCGAUCCACCAACGAUUUGACCGGAUUGUUCAGUUUGCAUCUGGGUGAUCGUUUCAGCGCAUUUGUGGCCGAGGUCAAUGUAGCACAGGGCCGCAUAUGUCUCGAACGCGUUUCCGUGUCGAAUCCGCCGUUGGCCCCACGUUCAUCCUCUCCGCUGGUUCUAUCUGAACCGAACAAAACUUUUGAUCUAGUAACGAAAAAAACGACGCCGAUGACUAUCAUCAUCGACUAG